CAACAUAAAAACAAUGUUGAUGGCCGCUAAUAAUGAAACUUAUCACAACCCCGCUUCAUCGACAAAUGCAAAGGUGGGGCCGGGGGGUGGGGAUGGAAUUCAUCUCUUUGAUGAUUGAACGGUGACGCAAAUCAACUUUUGGAAGCUCAAUCAAAAGUAAGGUGCUAGCAAAGGCGAAGUAACUGCAGAAUGGGACCUGACCUGGGCUGGGCAUUCUCAUUUUUUUCCCCCACUCCGUACUAAAAUCGCGAAAUGUACGACAAGAAAUGUUACGUGCCCAACACAACCUUCCCCAACCUCAAGCAAAACCCAUCUGAUCUGAUCUGAUCUUGACCCACAACUCACCCCGCAACCAAUUCCAUCCCUUUCCCCUCCCACAAUAUAACUCUGCUUUCGCUCGGGGUCGAGCGAUUUUGUAGCUCGAACCCACCAAUCGGACGAUCGAUUCCUCCUCUAUGGAGGAAGAGGAUCGGCCGAUCAUUGGGUUUCCUCUGGGUUUGGUUCUUCUGCUGCUCAUUCUGCUCUCCAUGAGCGCCGUCUUCAUCUGCUGCCUCCACUGGGACAAGCAUCGUUCAUUUCGGGACGUUCCUGAUGAUGAUGAUGAUGAUGAUGAUGAUGAUGAAACCCAUGAUUUUCCGCCACAUAAAUCUUCGCCUCUUCAACUGAAAGCGAGCAAGAAUCGAGGGGAGAGCCUGCCGGUGUUGAUGCCAGGAGAGCAAGUGCCCAGAUUCAUAGCCAUGGCUUGCCCCUGCCAGCCGCCGGUUCUGGAGACGAUUCAAUUGGAUUUUGAGAAGCCCAUCAGCACAUUUCCCCUCCCUCCCCUGUUUUAGUAUCUCUUCCAUCGAUAUGGGUUUUGUCGUAUAUAGUCCGACUGUUACCAACUCUUCUUAUGUACAGAUAUAUGAUUUUUGGGAUUCAAUUUUCUUCUCAUCUUCGUGUUUGAAGAGCCGUAAGAAUAAGAAAAAAGAAAGGGGCAUAUGGAAGGGAACCUUGAAACUUCCGCCGUACCAGUUACAAAUUCUGUUCAGCUGCCGCUCACGGAUUCAGAACACGAGACUUUCCGUCACUAUCUCAUGCUUCAUCUCCAAACCCGAAAACCGAAAUUUUCCGCGAUCAUAAUGUUUUUAAGCUUCAAAUUAAUUAUGCCAGUGUAUAUGACAGAUAAAGGCUUGGAUGAAUU